UCAAGGAAAAUGCUGACCAUAUUUUGCAUAGUUCUUGUGUUCACUCUUGGGUGGUGCACAGAAUAUCGAAAUGUUGUGACAAAGACCGCUCAUGUUGGAGAGGAUGUGACUCUAACUUGUACCCACCAGUCUUCACUGUCCAGCUCAGGACUCUUGGUUUGGGUCAGGGUUGUUGCUGGAAACUUUCCUGAAGUUUUAGGAGCGACUUUUACCUUUUAUUCUGCCUCAGUUACUACAUUGCCGCGCAUAACAACUAAAAAGGAACCUGGAACAUUUGUCCUCAGUAUUAAAAGAACAACUCGUACAGAUACUGCUCUGUACUACUGCGAACAACAUGCAGACCUGAACACAAUAUUUUUGCAAACUACCUUCUUAUACGUCAAAGAACCAGAAUCACAUAUCACUGCCAUCAUUCAAGACCCUGUAUCUGAUCCACUUCAUCCAGGAGACUCUAAAACACUCCAGUGUUCAGUUUUCUACAACUUUGAGAAGAAAACAUGUCCAGGAGAUCCCAGUGUGUACUGGUUCAGAACUGGAUCAGAUACAUCUCAUCCCACUAUCUUUUACACUCAUGGAAACCGCAGUGAAGAAUGUGAGAUGAGAUCUGAGACGCACUCUUUAAAGAACUGUACCUACGGCUUGAAUAAGAUCAUCAGCUCCUCUGAUUCUGGGACUUAUUACUGUGCCGUGGCUGCAUGUGGAGACAUAUUUUUAGGAAAUGGAGCAAAAGUACAUGUUAAAGAAACCAGGACUUUAGCCUGUGUCACACGGAUGUUCAACUCAGUUUGUCUGUCGAGUGUCAUCAUCCUGGCUAUAAGUCUGAUUGUUAUCGCCUUCCUCAUUUACGCCGUCAAAGACCAAACUUCUUCCCAGCAGAAAAAUACUGCAAUAAGAAAUAUAAAGAGAGGUGACGCAUGGGUUUAUUCUGCUGUCGUCUUCACCACGAUAACAGACAGAGACGUAAUGAAGAACGGAAAAGCAGCAGAGAGGCAGAGGAUCUACGCUGCUGUCAAGGCUUUUGGAUUAGAUUAGAAAAUCAUUGUGAGCUUCAUGACAUGAGUUAGUACUGACAGUUCACCCACUGACAAACUGAAACCACAAACCAACUCUUCCUUACAUUAGCCUACAUUUUACUAUUGAAACAGUGCAUUUUCUUCUGCAUAUUUCAAUAUUUUUAUUCAUGUAUCUACCUGUAUUGCAUUUUAACACAUGUAUUUUAUAAUAGUUGUCUAUGUUAAUGGCUUUCUCAUUUUGCUAAUUUCUUUCACUUAUUGAACAGAGUUAUUGCACUGGUUUAAGAUCAUAAAAAGAACAAAUGAACAAUUUACCUGUUAAAGAAUAUUAUGCAUGUCAAUUAAAGUUGCAGCUACAAACUUUUA